UUGGAUGGUUUUCAGCCACUCACCAUACAGGUGCGCUGGAACAUUGGACGUGUUAAUUGUUUGAAGCAAACACCGUGUGUUUACCCUUUGAAUAUGUUAGCAUGUUAGACUUGAUUGGCACCUUCUCACGUCCUCACAGCAGUCUAACUGGGACGCGAAGGCACUUAAAUACGACGGAGCAACAAACUGGUGAAACAAACGGCAAUAAGCGACGGCUCUGUUUUCUGCGUUCACGUUAGACGGUUGUUGCGGCGUGCGGCUGCAGAAGACGGGGUUGGGUUUUUUUUUGUUUUGUUUUUUUUAUGUUUUACAUCGAGGGAAUUAACACGUGUGAAGACUCGGGUUCUUUGGAAUCUUUUUCAGUCCUCCACUCCCGUUUUAUCCAUGAGAUUUUCGACUAGUAAAAUGUAGCCUCUGCCUGACAGAUGUGAGGCAUCACAUCUGCAACCUACAGCGGGCACCCCCUCUGUUUACCUGCUCCUGAGGAGGACGGACGCUGCUGCAGCUGCAGCUCCUCACCAACAUCUGCCACCUCAGACCCAAGAGGCUUCUGUUUGGAUGAUCAAGGAGUAGGCAACCUGCUACAUGAAGUACCUUGGAGACCAUGACUCUUGCAAAGCUCCCUGCUUGAAAGCACAGCACUGAAGUCACUCACAUAACCUUUUUUUUUUUUUUAAUCCAUGGCACUGACGACGAUGGUGAUGAUGAGAUUCUAGGGUGAUAUUUGACUGACGGGUGGUUUUCAGUCUAGCCUGUAAGGGACGAUGGCUCGCCCCGGACCAGGCUUGCUGCUGCCGGUUAAUGGGCUGGGCUACCCUCCUCAAAACCUGGCCAGAGUGGUGGUCUGGGAGUGGUUGAAUGAACACGGCCGCUGGAGGCCCUACAGCGCCGCAGUUUGCCACCAUAUUGAGAACAUCUUGAAGGGGGAUUCCCGAGGAACUGUCGUUCUGGGCCAGGUGGAUGGCCAGCUCUCUCCUUACAUCAUUGAUCUGCAGUCCAUGCAUCAGUUUCGACAGGAUACAGGCACCAUGAGACCAGUGCAGAGGAACUUUUAUGAACCGUCCUCUGCCCCUGGGAAAGGCGUGGUCUGGGAGUGGGAGAAUGACAAUAGCUCGUGGACACCAUAUGACAUGGAGAUCUGUGUGACCAUCCAGAACGCCUAUGAGAAACAGCACCCCUGGUUGGAUCUGACCUCUCUGGGCUUCUGCUACCUCAUCGACUUUAACAGCAUGUCUCAAACAAACAAGCAGAGCCAGCGCAAACGACGCCUUCGGAGACGCAUGGAUCUUGCUUACCCGCUCAUCAUGGGUUCAAUCCCCAAGUCGCAGUCUUGGCCUGUGGGAGCCAGCUCUGGCCAGCCCUGCUCCUGCCAGCAAUGCAUCCUGGUAAACAGCACGAGAGCUGCAUCGAAUGCAAUCCUUGCCUCUCAGCGACGGAAGCUCUACGGUGGGGCGGUGGGCAGUACGGGUGCAACUGGAACCCUGACGGCAGUGCGACAGAGUAACACCUUUGCUGGAACCUCCCUCUGGUCUCCAAACUCCUCUGGGACCAAUAAUAUCAGUGCAGGAGGUGGGCAAGCCAAAGGUGAACAGGUGCAGGUACCGCUAUCCCCAGCCAACUUCCCAUGUUCUCCUGUGAUAUCAUCCCAUGGCCACGCCAACGCCAACACCCACGCCAUCAAUGGCCAGAACAACCUGAACCGACCAGGCACUCAGCGCAUCUCUAUGGCCACUCCCAGAGGAACCAUCCCACCAGGGAUUCCUGCUCUCCCAGUCAAGAACCUGACUGGAUCUGGACCAGUGCACCCAGCUCUAGCAGGUAUGACCGGUAUCCUGAUGUGCGCUGUAGGUCUGCCUGUUUGCCUGACUCGAGCACCAAAGCCCAUUCUGCACCCACCACCCAUCAGCAAGAGCGAUAUGAAGCCUGUGCCUGGGAUCAACGGUAUGCGCCGCAAGACAAAGAAAAAGCACCUGAGGAAAGGGAAGACCCCAGAGGAUGUGGUCAGAAGAUACACUGAGAAAAUUAAAGUGGUGCCAGAUGAGGACUGUACCAUCUGCAUGGAGAGGCUGGUCAUGGCGUCAGGCUAUGAAGGCGUCCUGCAGCACAAAGGCAUCAAGCCAGAGCUGGUGGGCAAACUUGGCAAGUGCGGCCAUAUGUACCAUCUGCUGUGCCUGGUGGCCAUGUACAACAAUGGCAAUAAGGAUGGUAGUCUCCAGUGCCCAACAUGCAAGACCAUCUAUGGGGAGAAAACAGGCACUCAGCCCCCUGGGAAAAUGGAGUACCACAUCAUCCCUCACUGCCUGCCCGGCUACCCAGACUCCAAGACCAUUCGCAUCGUCUAUGACAUUCCUGCCGGUGUCCAGACCAAUGAGCACCCCAACCCUGGGAAAAAGUUCAGUGCCAGAGGUUUCCCUCGUCAGUGUUACCUGCCAGACAACGAGAAGGGUAGGAAGGUACUCAAGCUGCUGAUCACGGCCUGGGACCGGCGCCUCAUCUUUACCAUCGGGACGUCCAGCACCACAGGCGAGUCAGACACCGUGGUGUGGAACGAGAUCCACCAUAAGACCGAAUUUGGCUCCAACCUGACAGGCCACGGCUACCCGGAUCCCAACUACCUGGACAACGUCUUGACAGAGCUGUCAGCCCAGGGAGUCGGCGAGGACAACCUAAAGGACUGAAAGGCUCCUGAGCAGUUGAUAUGCAGGAACACAAACCAUCACGCUCCACUGUCUCCUCGGUAUACGCUGGAUGAGGGGCCAACAUGCAGCCCCGCUACUCUUUCUCCUCCAUACGAGACCCUGUACAAGUGGUGGCAAACUAUUAGACUGCUUGAUCUUUUUAUUUUGAUGAUCUUUAGCGUUAAGCCUGGAGCAUGCUGUGCCCUCAGAGGCUUGAGACACAUGCUCAGUGUCUGUCCUGAUGCCAGCAAAUAUGUCAGUGGCCUCUUUUUAGAGUCAAAACGAAGCAUCUGCACUUGUAACGCAACAAGGCGGCGUGAUGGGGCCAGAUUUCAUGGCCCCAGCAAAAUUGCAUAAUGAAUGUUGAGUGAAUUGCUGCAAUAAGAUGAGGUGCCAAUGAAGGACAGUCACCUCUCCAUUUUUUUCUAAAACAUCUAAUAUUGCAACACAUGUUGAGACUUUUUUAGUUUUUUUGAAGGAGAGGUGUUGGCUCGAGGUUGUGCCCCAUCUCUGCGAUAAGGGCUAAAAGAAAGUGUAGUGCAUGUACUAGAUUCCAGUGGACAAAGGCUUUAAAAUUGUAAUAUUUGCUAAUAAAUGUACGUGGUGGUGUUAAUCUUGUGGGCUGCCUCUGAGACGGGCCGUGAAAUGAAUAGCCCAGCAGAUAUUUGGAUGCUUAUGAAGAUAUGUUGGACGUGCCAUUGCUACAGUUCAAGGUUAACCUCAUUUGUUUUGUCGACACCUUGAUGACGCUAAACUCUGAACAAAAAGCCUCGCGUUAUCAUUCUCCCCGUUGGAGGAAUUUGGAGCCUCGGGUCUAUCCGUCAUGCUGCUGUGCAUGAAGGAUGGGGAGUUUGUGCAUCGAGGUGCUAAGAGGUUGGAGUUUUCACCUCGGAGAUCCAUCUCGUGAAUGUGAAACUCUCCUCUUGGGAGCAGAGAUGCAUUGUAUUUGACCAAAAUGUGCUUGGUUGAUGUCCAAAUGCUUUAUUGCAGGCUGUAGAUGCACCAACAGGAACCCUCACCCCCCCAAAGAUGUUAUGCCCAAGAGCUAAAGUCUUUUGAAGAUCCAUGUUGAGGUAUCUUUUUUUAUAUACUGUAUAUAUAUAUAUACACAUAUAUAUAUAUACACAUAUAUAUAUACACAUAUAUAUAUACAUAUAUAUAUAUAUAUAUAUAUAUACACAUAUACAUAUAUAUAUAUAUAUAUAUAUAUAUAUAUAACUUUGAGAGGAAAGCUAGGUCAGCGCUGCAUAUUUUUCCCUGGAAUGCGUCUGAUCAGCUUUAAUUAGCGGGGAUGUUGAUGUAAAGUUGUUGCGGGCUUCAUUUCAGACAGAAUCGCAGUCUUCCAUAGCAAAUUGAGGCAGCAUUUAUGUUGAAAUUGCAUUGGAAACAUUUGUGUUUCUAAAUCAACUUGCAGUGCUUUGAAAUAUAAGCUGUUAUUUACAAAGGUGGUAUACCCUACAAUUCAAGCUCUGUUUGGAAGUAUGGUGUGUGUGUGUGUGUGUGUGUGUGUGUGUGUGUGUGUGUGUGUGUGUGUGUAUAUCAUUUAUUUUUAUACUCUUCUGUAUAAAAGAACACAGACUUGGCCACAUAUCUACACCAAGACCGAUGUCAACAUGAUUCUGUUGAAUGAUCUCUGACAUGUUAAUGAUGUCUAAUAUAACAGGUAGUUAGCGUAUGCUACUCAUGUAGAAUGUGUGUAGUUGACUCUAAUAAAUGUUGUCAAUGUACCUUUCAUUAGCCGGGGAGCUUAACGAGCAUGAGAUGUCAUUCUCCCCAAAAGGGUCGGUGUUUCACUUGGCUUGAACACAUGGGGGCAAUAUUAGCUGGGCGGGAUCAUUUACAUUUUUGAAUGACAACCUGGUUUUUCUUUUGCUUAUAUUGCCACACAUGUAAUAUGACCAAGUCUCGUCUGUCUUCGUGUUAUGCUGUGAGUGGUAUAUGCAAAUGAGCAAUGUUUAACUUUGCUUGCACCCGUGUGCUAAUCACGGAGGAGCACUGCAGCUGCUGCUGGACACUCCAAAAUCAAUACAGCCUGUUGCCAUGUUGUCAACUGCAGCCAGCACAGUGCGAGUGCCGUGGCAGUGUUGUCUUGUAUUGCUAAUAUAACAUUAGAGAGGUCACCUUGGAUGGCCAGUGCGUUCUGAUCUUUUGUGGUUCUCUUUUCAGAAAACCUAUGUCUGCUUUUUCACUGGAUUUUUAACAUCUUUAGGCUUUUAAUGGAGGGUGUACAAAUUGUCUGCAGAGAUUUAUUGUUAGCACUCUACUGGUAGCAAGUCUCAACCAAUCCUCUACCUUAUUUCAGGGAUUAUUGUUUUAAUGUCUAAGGAAGAGCCCUAUACGUUUCGAAUGAUGUUGGUCGUGUCAGCACAUUUCAGUGCUCGACCGGCCGCAAUGUUCAGCCCAUCUUUUGGAGGAAAGGUAGACCACCAGGUAUUGGAUGCCAUUACAUUUUGAAAGUGAUUAUAAUGUUGCUUUAUUGGUAAGAUUAAGCAGUGGAACUUAAGUCGAUCCUAUUUCUGUCGCCAACCUGUCUGUUGACUUUCUCAUCAAGACCCGGUCCACCGUGUUAUUAUUAAAAGUAUAUGCUUAGUUUAUUUUUCAGACAACUUUUUUUUUAGGUAUAUUAAAUGGUGUUUUACCUUGAUAUGUUUUGGAAAGCUCAGAGGAUGGCUGUAGGUGAUGGUCGAAACAUGCCAAUGUAAAACACCAUCGAAUAUACCGAAAAGGAAAAAGUUGUCUGAAUAUAAAAAAACUAAACGUAUAUUCAAUAAGAAGACAAAAUGAAUCAUUAUUAAAAAGUGUCCACGUAAGCUCAUGUAAGUCAUCAUGCAUGGUCGACCGCUUUUGUUGACAUAAAAUAGGAGUAAAAGGAGUCAUUUUUAUAACAAAAUGGGUUUAUGUUCACGUGUUAUAUUAUCAAGGGGACAUAUAAAAAUGGGAAGUCCACAUUUAAAGUUUAGAACUGAAGAAGCCUUUUGGAUUAAAGGUAAAACGUUUUCAACCAACAAGAAGCGUCCAGCUGUCUCGAUUCAACCUUGGACCUGGAUGACGGGGAAUUUUCACAGACAUGUUGAAUGAUCAACUUCUGCAUUAUCGCUAAGCUUGUUAAACAACAAAGUAAGUACGGUCUACUUACACAGCAUUAAAACGUGCACACAGUGACUUCCUGUUCAGUGUAAAAUAAGCAUCAAAUAGAAGCAUGACGGUAUUUAACCAUACAUUUUUUUUUCUAGAUUGUUGGUCAUCAGAAGACAAAUAUGCGCACGUACGAAAGCUUUAGAAAUUACCGCUGCAGCUCUGUUUGAUAAGAGCGUAAAAUAUUGUAAUGUCGGAGGAAUGUCAACGAGGCAUCAUGAGUCUACAAAACAGCACACUAUAGCUGCUCGAACUAGCAGGCCAACACCAGUGCCCCCAAUAGCUUAAUCAAUGAAUCACAGCUCAGAACUAUACACAAUACUCCCGUCGCUACAAUAUCUUGUGAAAACGGAAGAAUCCAAAUAAAAAUAUUCCCAAAUGGAGGAAAACUGCUGUAGGUUCAAAAUCCUUUAUGUCCCCUUCGGCAUUCGCAAGUAAGUGUGCAAGCAAUGGUUAGCAUCGAUUUUGAUUUCGACUGUUUCGACAUCCGCUUACGUUGACAUCAGUCGGGAGGCCAUUGAGAUAAGUGGGUUUCACAUGUACAGUGUCCUAAAUUGGACGAUACCUGGUGGGAUGCAUUGUAGUCCUCUACGACUGUGCAUUUCAACUUAGUGAGUGGCAGUUGGUCAGACCCACACUAUGUCUGGAGUAACUGCGCUGAAAGAUCAGAACCUCAUCGCGGUUUUCUUCUUGUAGUCAUUAAAGGUCAUACAGCGUGCUGUGCUUAUUCCUUGUGGCAUAUCUUAGGUCAUACAUGGAUUUUGCAUCAGCCUUUGCAACCUUCAAGCGUCUUCGCUUUCUCAAUGUGUUGAAACAAAGGGAAUUAUCGUUUGGUCCAAAGUGGAGCACUGGGUCUCCUCUUGCUUGCUCUCGACACGUGUCCUCAUUCCCACUGAAGGACACAGCUCUUGUGUCUCUAUAUGCAAAAGUCUUUCUAAUUAAACCUUUUCUAGCUGAUGAGAAACAGGUCAUUACAUUUCAAAAAGGCUUGAGGAAAGAAUAAUAGCUGUAAAUGUAGACGUAUGCUACAUGGAGAUUUGCUGGUUAUGAAUGACCCCACCUGCCUCCCUUUUCAUGUGUUCACAUCUUCCACAAUGGCCAAGAAUAACAAUGCAAGUUUAUUUAUGAUCUGACGUCCAACUUUCUGGCACGUAUUGAAUCUGAAAGACAGUGAAAAUGAGUUGUUUCCUCCACUUUCCGCGGCCCUUUUGGAACUAUCAGGGACUUUUCCAUGUCGAGAUCCUUCCUGAACAUUCUGUCGGCCCUUUAGACUUUCAGGUGUGUACAGACUUCUAUGAAAAGGUGGUUUAUGAGAGCGCAUUGGUGUUUAUGCAAUUUACUAUUUUUGACAUGUGAAAGGCAAUUUGUUUGUAGCAAGGUGUUUUCUCCUCGUGUGUACAACUAACAAAAGAAGACAUACUAUAGGUGUUGAAAAGCAUAUAUUUUUGAGGUAUUUUCUGAUCAAUGAUUGUCUUAAUAUAACCUUUUCCAUUGGAUUAGAACGUGAAGAUGACUCAACAUUGUGUAGUAUUUCCAGUUGUAAUCCCACGUCCUAAACGUUGACUGCAAAGUGUUUCAAGUAUAAACAUUUAGUGUGUCCCUUUGUACGUCGUCGUCUGUUUGAGUGUGUACUGAGUGUGCAUCACGUCUUUAGUGUUCUCCUGGAGAUGCAUGCUAACCAAAGCGGGAGCCGCCCUUAACGGCAAAGGUCAACAAGAUGAUGGACUCGUAUUUUUAACACGGCGGUCUGCAUCUUGCCUCAAAACUCCUUUUCAUUUUUUUUUUUUUUUUUGUUUUUUUUUUAGUCGAGUGUGGAAGACCAACAGCGUUUAGCUGUUUUUUGGUUGUUUUUUUUUUUUUUUCCCCCACUCUUGACGUGUUCAGCCUUUGGACUUUUAUUGAGAAAACGAGUCACCAACUGCAAUCGGCUAAAAGCUAAAUAGAGACUCUGAUUUGACUAUAAAGGGCUUCUUAAUCCUGGUCAGUCUUUAUUGAAUCGUGAUGACCUUGUUGCAUGUUUGUGUCUUUCCUGUAGACAAAUAUUGACAAAUAAAUGUGCCCUCAACAGGGAUGACCUUUGGCA